AGCCCCUGCCGCUGGCUUUGGGCUUCCACUGCCUGAUAUUCCUCUCCCUGCCCGAGCCUCGACCACACUUGAGCUGGGAGUUCCUGUACCUGGGUGGGCCUCCCCAUUGAAAGUGUGGGAGCUCCUUGGAUAGGAGAGUGAAAGUUACCGAAGCAGGCUCUGUCUCCUCCAUCAGACUGGAAACUCCCAGAGCUGGGGGAUGAUGUCUCUCUCCCCCAUCAGUUUGGGAGCUCUGGAGGGCAGAAAUGGGGAUCUCUUGCAGAUCAGCGGACAGCUCUCCCCUCGCCUCUUCCGGAAGCUGCCUCCCCGGGUCUGCGUGUCCCUCAAGAACAUCGUGGAUGAAGACUUUCUCUAUGCAGGACAUAUCUUCCUGGGCUUUUCCAAAUGCGGCCGCUACGUCCUCUCCUAUACCAGCAGCAGUGGGGAUGACGACUUCUCCUUCUACAUCUACCAUCUGUACUGGUGGGAGUUCAACGUCCACAGCAAGCUCAAGCUGGUCCGGCAGGUUCGGCUCUUCCAGGAUGAGGAGAUCUACAGCGACCUGUACCUGACCGUAUGCGAGUGGCCCAGCGACGCCUCUAAGGUCAUCGUCUUUGGCUUCAACACCCGCUCGGCCAACGGGAUGCUCAUGAACAUGAUGAUGAUGAGCGACGAGAACCACCGUGACAUCUACGUCAGCACCGUGGCGGUACCGCCGCCGGGCCGCUGUGCCGCUUGCCAGGAUGCCAGCCGGGCCACUGACACUUGUCCACACCCAUCUCUUCUUCCAGGUGACAGGAGUUUCUGCCAAAUCCUGUAUGACCACAGCACCUGCCCCCCGGCGCCUGCCAGCCCCCCUGAGCCCCAGAGCCCAGAGCUGCCCCCUGCCCUCCCUAGCUUCUGCCCUGAGGCGGCCCCAGCCCGUUCCUCUGGGUCUCCUGAGCCCUCGCCCGCCAUUGCCAAAGCCAAAGAGUUUGUGGCUGAUAUCUUCCGCCGGGCCAAAGAGGCCAAGGGCGGGGCCCCUGAGGAAGCCCGGCCUGCCCUGUGCCCAGGACCCUCUGGCAGCCGCUGCCGUGCGCACUCUGAGUCCUUAGCCCUGUGUGGAGAGGCAGCACCCCGGGACAGCCCCCCUGCCUCGGAGGCGCCUGCCCCCGAGCCUGGCUACAUCAACUACACCAAGCUGUACUAUGUGCUGGAGUCUGGAGAGGGGACGGAGCCGGAGGAUGAGUUCGAGGACGACAAGAUCUCCCUGCCCUUCGUGGUGACUGAUCUUCGUGGCCGCAACUUGCGGCCCAUGCGGGAGCGGACUGCUGUCCAGGGCCAGUACCUGACAGUGGAGCAGCUCACACUGGACUUCGAAUAUGUCAUCAAUGAGGUCAUCCGCCACGACGCUACCUGGGGCCACCAGUUCUGUUCUUUCAGCGACUAUGACAUUGUCAUUCUAGAGGUGUGCCCGGAAACCAACCAGGUCCUCAUCAACAUUGGCCUGCUGCUCCUGGCCUUCCCGUCCCCCACUGAGGAGGGUCAGCUCCGACCAAAGACCUAUCACACCAGCCUCAAGGUGGCAUGGGACCUCAACACAGGCAUCUUCGAGACAGUCAGUGUAGGCGACCUGACUGAGGUCAAAGGGCAGACCAGCGGCAGUGUCUGGAGCUCCUACCGCAAGAGCUGCGUGGACAUGGUCAUGAAGUGGCUGGUGCCCGAGAGCAGCGGCCGCUACGUCAACAGGAUGACCAACGAGGCGCUCCACAAAGGGUGCUCCCUGAAGGUUCUGGCAGACAGCGAGCGAUACACGUGGAUCGUGCUGUGAGGGCCGGGCCGCCCCGGACACUGACUCCAACUACCUCCGCGGCCUGGGACCGGCCGCCUCCCUGGGGUGGCCUCUUCCUGGCCGGCUGGCCCACCGACUGAUGACCGGCACUAGUGUUAGGCUGCGGAACCGGGCUGGGCAGGGCAGCCCCUGGUGGCCCGAGGGUCUGGACGCUUUUUAUUUAUGCCUAUUUAAGUUGGGAAGGGGCAGAGAGAGGGCGCCCCCUGCCCCACCAGCCUGAGCGCCCUGCCUUCACUCCGAGCUGGGCAUGGGCCUGGUCCCUUGUGCAUUUGCCCCUUUCUUCGGCUACAGCUGUGGACGUUGCCCUCGGGGAGGUCGAAUGGACCCUGUUCCCCCUGCCCUGCCCGCCCCCAGCCUCCCCACCCAGGCUGGCAACCUCCUGGCCAUCCCCACUCCGUUCUUCUUCAUGUAAUAAAUGUUUUAAUUUCUGAACCUCA